CUCAAAAUUUGCUAGAUGCUAUGUUUGAAGAUAAAAUCUCACAUAAAUGUACGACCACCAUUACUGGUAUUAUCUCUUUAGAACAGAAACAAGCAACAGAAAAUAAGCAAUGUUGGCAUCCUUCUUAUGCAAGUUAA